GUUAGCUUAUCCUGAAAGUUUGCUCAUGUUAACUACUUAGCCAGCUAACUGGUAGCUAGUAACUAUGCAUGCUGAAGUGCUGGCAGUAAUUGCUGCAUGGGAUGGAAUAGAUUGCAAAAGUGUUUGUUCUUAUAUCGGUAGCCAGGCGGGUUGCUAAUUAGCUGGCUAACUGGAUCGGUAUAGUCUGUUGAAUUUCCUCCAGAAAAGAGCGCCGAAAAUGUAUCAGUUUGUUUGGUACAUCUUUUCCUGAUUUAUGUAACCAGUUAACGAUAAUCGUUUUAGUUGGAAGUCAAAUCAUGAUGCAACUGUAAUUAUGUAGCAGGCGGUAAUUAUUUUUGACCUGUUCCAUUGUGGUUUUGUGCUUGCCUAGCCAAGUUGUGUCAAAUGAAAUGUGAUUUCAGUGCUGUAAAGACAAAUUUUGCAGUUUUGGACAAUGCCCAAUAUUAGAGGUCGAGUAUUAUCAAAGUAACCAAGUAGAUAGAAGGUUAGCAACAAACUGGAAAUCAAUGCUGAAAUGUGGCUCAACAAUUUGGGGGAAACUUGAGUACGCAUCCUACAGAAUGAUAUGAUUUUAACCUUAAUUUAUUGUGUUUCAUUUUUACUACUGCAAGCUAGUCACACUAAAUUGAAUGAGUUGGAGCGUGCUGUGAUACAACUCGCUCACAAUGGACUCGGACGGUAUGAAGGUUGGGGAGCUGUCUAUGGGGGAAGGGACAACAGCGUCCUCCGAGGAGGUGGCCCCCGACGGCCCUGGAGAACCCUACACCACUAUCAUUAUCCAGGAUCCUCCGGCGUCCUCCAUCGUUCAACCCUAUCAGCACGACAACCUGCAGUGUUUCCAGUGCUUCAUCACCUUCUGUAACUCGAAAGCCAAGGAGAGGCACAUGAAGAAGAGUCACCGUGAGGAGUACAAGCAGCAGCUGCAGCAGUGUGAUACACUCUUUACCUGCUACGUGUGUGAUCGCACCUUCCCGUCAUCUGAGGAGCUCACACAGCACCAGGCCUCCCACAAUAAGGAAGACAAGCCCUUUAAGUGCCCCCACUGCCAGGAGAGCUUUCGCACCUUCUCUGAGCUCACGUCCCAUAGACGGCAGAUAUGUCCGGAGAGGCAGUUUGUGUGCAGGGACUGCGGGGAAACCUUCAGGGGCCCGGUCCUGCUGCGAAACCAUCGGCUCACCCAGCACCCCCCACGCCCCGACGCGGACCAAGAGGACGGAGACGACGGAACCAAGACGCACCGCUGCGGAAAGUGCGGCAGAGGGUUCGAGACGGAGGCAGAGCUUCUGCAGCACCAGGAGAACCACGCCGGCGACCAGCACUGCAACGGCAGCGCCCCGCCCAAGAGGCGAGGGCGACCCCCUAAAACGGGGGAGACCGCGGACGGGGAGAAGAAAGGGAAGCGGAGGAAGAAGGGGGAAGGAGCGGAGGAGUCCGGGGCGAGCAACCACAUGGAGCAGGCCGCGCCAGCAGCAGCAGCUGCAGCAGCUGAGGUGAAGCCUAAAGGCAAACGGGGACGGCCUCCUAAAUCAGCACAGGAUGCCCAGGCGGAGCCGAGCCAAGACCAAGCAGAGGAAAAGAAACCCAAGGCAGGUGCUCCGUUGGCUCGCCAGCACCCCUGCCCUGACUGUGAGCUCUCGUUCCCAGCUGCAGCCCAGCUCCGAGCCCAUAAAAAAGAGAAGCACGGCAAACCGCCGCCGCCGCGCAAGGCCCACGCAUGUGGGGAGUGUGAGGAGAGCUUCGCCCGGCCGGAGCAGCUGGAGGCCCACACUGCCCGGGCCCACUGCGCAGGGCGCCAUGCCUGCCCCACGUGUGGCAAGAGCUUCAGCAGGGAGAGCAACCUGAAGGCACACCGGCAGACACAUGCCGAGGAGGAAGAGGCAGCUGAGGGGGGCAAGAGAUAAUUUAGGCGAGGGGCUGUUUCUGUAAUGGACAGGGAAAAGAAUAUGUGAAUUGGUUUGGGUUUAGAAAAAAACUGGUUUAGGUAAGGCUUUCAAAAGUGGUGGGGUAGGCUGUGUAAAAGUUGCGCUGCGAACCAGAAUAUUGAUGGGCUUCAUUUGAUUUAGGUCAGGUGGGACUGAUUAUGUCUGGCUGUGAUAGCUGAACGUUAAUGAAAGGGCUGUUAGACUUUGUGAGCUGGUUGAUAAUUUUGAAAUGUUCCACUGGAAAGGAAUGGUUGGUUAGACUGUGCCAUUGGCCCACAAUUGUGCCAUUUUUAAGUGUGGGAGUGGGGUGUGCUUUUUAAAAUGGAAGAAAAAAAAUAGAUGAGUAGAGCAACUUUCUAUCUAACCAUUUAAUUGGAGAUGUAAAUAAACACCAAGACACUCAUUAUAUCCAAGCCUGUUAUUGGCUUUGGAGGGAGUGAGUUUGACAUUGUUUCAUAUUUUAAUUGAUUUGUAUUUUUAUUUUACGCUCAUGAUUAUUGUGUGUUGUGGUAUUGUUUUUAUAUUCUUUUUAGAAGUGUAUAUGUGGGUGGGGGGUAAAUAGCUUCCAGGUUAUCUAAUACUUGGAGCAUUUAAUUUUUCUUUGCUGUUAAGUUAAAGAAUUAUACAUCACCAUGGUCUGUAGUAGCACAUCACAGGGCCCCUAAAUGAUUUCAGUAAAUUUUAAGUGAGAGGUAGAGAACUAAUAUGUAAAACGCAGAUUGUAUUGGUUUUGAG